CGCGGCUCGGCCCCCGCCCACGGUGCUGCUGCUGGGGGCGGCGGGCGGCGGCAAGAGCCUCUUGGUGCGGCGGCUGCGCCAUAUCCGCGGGGCACGGGGGCACAGGGGGGGACCGGGGGGCGGGUUGUCCGGGCAGCCCCUUCCCCUCCUCGAGGCGAGUCCUUAACGCGCGGCACAGCUGAGCGUCGGGGAGCCCGUGGAGCUGGGCGAGCCCCCGGCCACGCUGCCCACGGUGGGCACCAACCUGACCGACCUGCGGCUGCCGAGGAAGGUGACGGUGCGGGAGCUGGGCGGCUGCAUGGGCCCCAUCUGGCCCAGCUACUACAGCGAGUGCAGCACUCUCCUGUUCGUGGUCGAUGCCUCCAACCCCACCCAGGUCUCCUCAUCCUGCAUCCAGCUGCUCUCCGUCCUUUCGGCAGCGCCGCUCGCCUCCGUGCCCGUCCUGGUGCUCUUCAACAAGAUUGACCUGCCCUGCUACAUGUCGCUGGUGGAGAUGAAGUCGCUGUUCCGCAUGCAGGACAUCGUGUCCUGUGCCACGCAGCCCAUCACGAUGCUGGAGAUCAGCGCUCGCGAUGGGACCGGCCUGGCCGACGUCCUGCAGUGGCUUCGGGCCACCCUUGGAGACCCCCAUUGACCCCAACCCUGCCAGGUGCCUGCAACAGCCCAGGACAAUCCUGUCACCAAAGGAGGUGGCCAGGGAGCAGCUGCCUUGCAUGGGGCUGGGAGCAGGGCCUGGGACAGUGUCACAGGCUGGUGACAGACUGUAUCCCUGUGGGACUUCACAGUAAAAUUCCUACCAAACAGUC